AAAAAGAAUAAGCAGUCCAAGUCCAACCACCCCUUCAUUAUCGUCAUCUUCAUCCACACCUCACACAGACACACACAACGCUAAAAUGGCACAAACGCUGGCCAUGCCUGUGGCGCCCUCACUUUCUGUAAUCUGCAACGGCCGAGCUACUAACCCCCUCUCCAACCGCCUCUCCUUCCCCAUUGCUACCCCUCCGAAGAUUGGUGUUCUAAGCGUGAAAUGUGCUCGUGUUGGAGGGGUUGAGAUUCCAAACAACAAGCGGAUUGAGUUCUCUCUCCAGUACAUUCAUGGAAUUGGUCGAACCCGAGCUCGCAAAAUUCUUAAUGACCUUAGCAUAGAAAACAAGUUGACCAAAGACUUUUCUGAAGAAGAACUUAUCGUUAUCAGAGAUGAAGUCUCAAAGUACAUGAUUGAGGGAGAUUUGAGGCGUUUCAAUGCUUUGGCUAUAAGGAGACUGAAGGAAAUUCAGUGCUAUAGAGGAGUACGACACAUUCAAGGGCUGCCUUGCAGAGGUCAGCGCACCAAGAACAACUGUAGAACUUUGAAGGGUAAGAAAGUAGCCAUUGCUGGAAAGAAAAAGGCUCCGCGUUGAACAUGUUGUUUGUAUUUCUAGUAUCAAAAUUUAUCAACUCUUUGUAUGAACUUGCAAAUGGUUUUGAGGUAAUCAAGUUCUGUUUUUUUUUUUUUUUGAAUUCUUAGUAUUAUGCUGUGUAAAAUAAUGAGAUUAUUGGCAGUGUGUAUCAUGCUUUUCAUUGGUGUGUUA